UCUCCUCUCCGCUCGUCUCGUCUCCGCUUUGUUGGAGUCCCGGCCUUAUGGUCGCGUUCGAAAACGUUACUAGAGAGUUUAAUUUCUGUGUUGUAGUAUUAUAUUAUCUGUGUGUUGUGGUGUAAUUAUUGUCUGAUGCUGUUCGACGUUCGAUUUGAAGAAAAUCAACUUUAAAGGAUAAAAAAUAAAAUAAAAAGUAAUAAAAAAAAGAAAAUAAAUUUUAUUGGUAUUGAGCAUUCACUCCAAAUUGUGGUUCAAAAAUAAAAUUUGAGAGGCUUUUUUCGGCUUUAACGAGCUUCUUUUAUUAGUUAUUGUCAUUCCGGCCUUUGAAAAUAUCCUCUCACAUGGCACUGAUGUUGCCUGCAAACAUAAUCGACGCUUCAUUAAAAUGUAUAAAUGUGGAUAAAGGAGACGACGCUCAUUCCACCACUUUAGCGGAUCAUCCGUUCUUUUUAUAAGUGGUUCGUUUAUAUAUUUGUCUAGUUCCACUAUGCUUGCAGCUGUAGGGUAUUUUAUUAUCUCAUUUUCCACUUCUUUAUCAAAUGACGCCCAGAUGUUGUCAGAAGUAGAAGGUUGCGGCGGCAGGCUAUCUUGAACUAGUAAAGGUGUCGCAUCUUCUCGCGCACACAACCCACGAAGUUUUCCUUUGAUAGAUUUCAUGCAGUUAUCAUAUUUUACUUUGUUAGUAAAUGCAUGCUUUUUAAAGCGGGGGUCGAGAAAUGAUGCUUCUGCAGCCAAAACGUUACCCUCUACAUCAACAAAGCGAUCGUUAAGCUGUUUAUGAAGAGUUCGAAGUAAUUGAUCAUAUUCGUCAGGUUGUGCAGAAGGAGCAUUUUCGGCAAUGCAAUUUUCGACAUGUGUUUUCAUAAUUUUUACCAGCACCAACACUUUCGACAGACCGACUUUUCAGCGCUCAUUUCUUCCGUCACAUCAUAAAAUAUUUUUAAAACUUUAACGCAUUUUUCUAUGAGCAGCCAAUCAUCCGACGUCAAGGUAUUAAGACGGGGUUGUUCGAUAGCUAGCGUACUUAUGACAGCAUCUUUAAUUUUAAGUAAUCUUUGAAGCAUGUCAUACGUGGAAUUCCACCUAGUUACAACGCUCUGUUUGAGUUUCAGCGGAGGUAAUUCCAUUUGGUUUUGCAUAGCCGUCAGUUUGCUCUCAGCUGAAGAGCUAUGUUUGAAAUAUUGUACUAUUGCUUUAACCCGAUCUAACUGUGUUUUAAUAUUAUUUAAGCUAUGUUGAACUACGAGGUUUACUGUGUGAGCGAAACAAGGGAAAUGGCGCCAACUUGUUAAGUAAACGGCUGCCACAAUAUUUGCCGCAUUAUCUGUUAUUAUUCCUGUAAUUUUAUUUGAUAUGCCCCAUGUUUCAACUUCAUUUAUCAAAAAAUUAGAUAAGUUUUCUGCCGUGUGCCGUUCGUCAAAUUCAAUGCAGCCUAAUAAAACCGACUUAAGCAACGAAUUCUGGUCAAUAUAGUGAGCUGUCAGCGCAACAAAACUCGCGUUACUUGUAGAUGUCCAGCCAUCAGUGGUUAAGCAUAUCGCAUCAGCUUCUGUUUUUAACUGUAGUAGAACUUUAUCUUUGUUCGUUUGAUAAAGUUUAGGUAUUAAGCUGGAAGAUAUAGUUUUGCGAGUAGGUAAUGUGUAUGUGGGCAACAUAGAUUUAAAAAUAUUUUUAAAUUCUUCCUCUUCAACUAUUGCAAACGCAUGAUAACCCUUGACUAUAAAUUUUACAAUUUGUUCAUCAAGCUUCUUUGAUUUGCUAAUUGGUAAUGGUCAAAAUCAAUAAUUUCACUUUGUCUACGAAGACAAAGUGAAAUUAUUGAUUUUUGACUGAACUUGCAAUUGCGUGGUUUGGCGAACGAAUGGGGUUGACGCCGGCGGUGCAGUUUCAUCACAUGGAGAAGGUACUAACUCAGUUAGUGUAGAAGUAGAAGGCACACUAUCUGUUCUUAUAGCGUUUGAUUCUGUACAUCUCGGUAGGCCAAUCUGUGCUUGGGGAUGUUCACUUAUAGGUUGCUCAAUAGAUACAGUCCCAUGUAGUUUUUUCAUAUGCCUAGUUAAAUUACCUGUGCCACCACCAGAAUAGCUGAUUAUUUUCGAGCAGUACUCACAUUUUGCCUUAUCUUUGUUUAUUACAGAAAAAUGAUUCCAAAUUUUACUCCUUUUCUUAGUCAGAUCUGACAUUUUAAGUUAUUGAGUAAUGACAAAAUAAAAAAAUAACACGACUUAAACUAAAUUUGUACAGUUAAAUUAGGUAACCUAAUGUUAGUUUCAAUUCACAUUCACAUUCAUGCAAAAUACAUAAACACCAACACCAAACAGUUUCCCUAUUUUAAUAAGCAAAAGCAAUCACUCCCAAUAUAAUGUCUUAAAAACCACUAAAACAAGCAAACAAAACAACACCUGAAUAUUGCGAUCCGAUUUUCACAUUCGUUACACGACUCGCGGGUCAUAAGUUACUAGUGCAACUGAUCGGAUCUCUUCAAACAAAAUUCAAACACGCGAUCGAUAGCUUGCGGCUCAGCGUCGCGAGCGAUCCUGUACAAACCGGUUUCUUUUGGAGAAAGAGUGAGGUGAAUGAAAGUGCAAUAUCAUGUAUGUAAACGAAAGAGAUAGAAGACAUUUUGCUUGUUACGUCGUGUUGUGUCAUUGACUGCACGACCCAAUCGAUUGUACGAGCACGCAAUUAGUUACCAUAAUAGUAUGAAAAUAAAGUCCAAUUUGGUUUAUUUUGUUACCUGAUGAUCGAGUCAAAUAAGAUCGGGUGCUUUUGAGAUUCGUGAUUCUAUCACUCGGACACAGGUUGCGAUCGAAUCAAAAAGAUUCGAUCAAUCGUGAUCGACACAGCUCUAAUACCUAGUGUGUGAGCUUUCUAAUGGUAUGUAAUUUGCUUUUAUAAAAAAAAAACUUCAAGAGCUAUUUCAUAAUUUUAUCAAGUAGGACAUUUUUGACGAAAUUCUACUUUUACCGGAAAGUGAAAUGUUUUGCGAAAUUCAAUACUGCAAGGUUGGUAAAAAUUAAAUGGUCGAUUCAAAUUAUGCUGUACCAGUUAGGUGUGUUAAGGAAACAAUUAAAAAAUGUUAAAUAAUUUAUUUAAAUUAAAUCACAAAUGUUCGAAUUGACGCCCUUCAUUUGCAAUACAGGCGCGGCAUCUACGUCUGAUUUCUACAGUCGUUGUGCGCAGCAGCAUCUCCUGUCGCAUAACUUCGAUAGCAGUAUUAAUACGAUUUAUCAAAUUUUCUCUACUUUCUACUUCUGUAGUGUAAACUAGUUCCUUUGCCCUUCCCAACACGUGAAAAUCGAGCGGAGUGAGGUCGGGCGAUCGCGGAGGCCAGGGGAUUGGUCCUCCCCUGCCAAUCCACGAAUUAGGGAAACAAUUAUCCAAAUGCUCACGCACAAUCAGACUAAAGUGAGCUGGACAGCCAUGAAAGACAAGAGGCCUGUUUAUGUCUACUUGGAACACUUCUUCCACUAAUGGUGGUAAAUCAUUGAUCAAAAAAUCCAAGUAGUUGUUCCCAUUGAUGUUUUCGGGCAAAUAAUGAGGCCCUAUUAGCUUAUCGCCAAUCACUCCUGCCCAGACAUUCACACUGAAUCUCCUCUGGAAGCCCCUUUGUCUCUUCACGUGUGGGUUUUGAUUCUUAAGUUCCCAAUGGUGAAGAUUGUGAUAAUUGACAAUCCCUUCUUUGUCAAAUUUGGACUCGUCCGUCCACAGAAUACUUUUUAAAAAGUUUCCGUCGUCCACAUCGGUAUGCAGCAAAUGGCGACAAAAUUGCACACGUCUCCCAAAAUCACUGUCAUCGAGACCUAGAACAAACAAAACACAAUGCUAAAUAAAAGAUUCAGUAUUCUGAGUUCAAACUCUACAAAUAAUUUAAUUUAGAUAUGUACCUAUUUGGCUUUAUGGCUUGGCCAUAAAGACGUAAGACCACAUUCACAAAAGGGCAUGCGACUUUCCAUUUGUUCUUAAAAGGAGCCAUAAGCGCUGGCAAGAUUACCUACGCUGACCACCGCGCAAACCGAAUUCGAAAUCCGAAUCCUGUAAGCGAUAGCCGCCUGAUUGUUACGUGAAUGCGGCCGAAUAGGAAUAGUUUAUUCGAAUUUAAUUUGAAAUUAGAGUUGAAUGCGCUAAAAACAACAUGAGGCAAAACAACUAAUAAAGAAAGUAACGAAAUCAAGGUUAAAUGGAACGAUCAAUUAUUGAACUGUCUCAUAAUUUACUACAUUCCACAAAAUCGUAUCAGAUGCAGUACAUAAAUAGCUUAAAAUCUUACCUUGCACUGGAGUGUAGUGAAAAGCAUGCCUACCAUCUGCCCGGAGAACAGACCACACUUUCCAUAUGCUUAGGCCAAGCAUUGAAGCUAUCUGUCUAAUGCUUUUGGUAGGGUCCGCGUCAAACUCGGCAAGAACUUGUUCAUCAAUGGUAGGAUCGGGUCGUGCUACGUUCACUCGUGGUUCGUGAAAGUUCAGGUUACCGGUUUGUCGUAAACGUCGGUAAGUACUCGCAAAUGUCUGAUGACUGGGUACUCGGCGGUUGGGAUAGCGCUCUUGAUAAAUCCUUCGCGCUUCACGCGAAUUAGUAUUAGCGCUUCCAUACGCUAACAACAUGUCCGCGUAUUCCUCACUGGUAAAAGCAGCCAUUUCUUUACCAAUAACAACAGGUAACAGUAAUAACAAAAAACUUAACUAACAGGUUACAAAACUAGUGAUAACAAUAAAAUAAAACAAAGUGAACAAAAACAAACGUAAGCGUAAUGCCUCCUCUACACGUAGACAGAUUUGUCUGCAGACGUCCGCAGACGCAUCCGCAGAUGAAUCUCUACGAGCCGUCCACACGUCGCCAGGUCGUUCAGUCUAUGUUGGUUCUCGUCAGAUGCAACACGUACGCACGCAGAAUGGAUAUAGAGACCGUUGCUGCCGCAGCUAUUUAUUUAUUUAGUACCUACAAGUAUUAUUUAAGCGUCUAUCGCAAUAGAGUUAUUAAAAAAAAAUGGAGAAGAAGAAGGUGGUGGAUGCUGACUAUACAUAGAAACCGAACAAAGAAUAGCAUGGAAAACCAGUUUGCAGAACUAUAUGCAGAGCCCUCUGGAGAAUUUAAUAAUUUUGUUCGAAUGUCUAGCAGCGAUUUUGAAUAUUUACUACAAAAGAUAUCUCCAACGAUUGCUAAAAAAGAUACAGAUUGGAGGGAUGCCAUUCCAGUGAAAGUGCGUUUGGCAGUAACAUUAAGAUAUUUAGCUACUGGUGAUAGCUAUAGAAGCUUGCAUUACCUGUUUAAAAUUUCAAGCCAAGUUAUAUCCAUUAUUGUUCCUGAAGUAUGUUUAGCGCUCAAUAACGUGUUAAAGGAUUUAGUGAAGAUACCUAACACUACGGAUGAAUGGCUUGCAAAGGCAAAAGGAUUUAAUUUUCCUCAUUGUAUUGGCGCUUUAGAUGGGAAACAUGUCAUGAUUCUACCGCCACCCAAUACCGCAACGGAGUACUUCAAUUAUAAAGGGCAUUUCAGUAUUGUACUCUUAGCACUAGUUGAUAGUGACUACUGCUUUAUGUUUGUAGAUAUAGGUUGCCCAGGGCGAAUUAGCGAUGGUGGAGUCUAUAAUCAAAGUGUUUUAAAGCAAAAAAUUGACAAAAAUGUGAUCAACUUGCCUUCUCCUAGUUGCUUACCCAAUAGUAAUACAAGCUUACCCUAUGUAUUUUUAGCUGAUGCCGCAUUUGCAUUGAGUACACAUAUUAUGAAACCAUUUCCAGGGCAUCACGCUCUUGGUACUCCAGAGAGAUUAUUCAAUCAAAAGCUCUCUAGUUCGCGUGUAGCAGUCGAAAAUACUUUUGGUAUAAUGUCUAGCGUAUUCAGAAUUUUCAAAAAGCCUAUACCCUUGAAUAUCACUAAAGCAUCUUUAAUUACAAUGACAUGUGUCUUGUUACACAAUUUCUUAAGAAAAAGUAAAACAUCUCAACAUUUGUACAGUCCCCCAAAUUCAGAAGAUAAGUAUCUCAAUGGAGAAUUAAUCCAACCAGGGUCUUGGAGACAAAAUUACACGGGAACAUUCGAUCCACUGCAACCUAUACCUCGAAGAGCGCCUACAUGUGCAGUUGAAACGCGAUUAAAAUUUACCAGAUAUAUUAACGAGAAUAACCAUUAAUUCAAAAGUACCUAGUAAUCUAGUAGUAUCUAAAUACCUAUAAAUUUAAGAUAAGUAUAUAGAAAUGUAUGUUGUGUUGGCUACUCAAAUAAAUAAAUAAUCCAAAAAUAAA